UCUCUUAUUUUGCAGCACUCCCAAUACUAAAAGCUUAGCUCACUCCCCCAUUUCACACACAUCCGACACUUCCGGCCACCGCCGGAAUCUCAUUUCAACAACGAAAAUGAAAAGCGCCCUCCGUUCAGGUCUCCUCCUCCUCUUCCUCUGGCCGCUACUUACGCCGUCCGGCGCCGCCAGCGCGCCAAAACACGACCUGGUCCGCCGCUCCUGCGUCCACGCCAGCUACCCGUCGGUCUGCCUCCGGACACUGGCGUCCUACGGCGGCGCGGCCAGCAACCCCCACCAGCUGGCCCUGGCGGCGGUGAGGGUGAGCGUGGCGCACGCGCGCAGCGCCUCAGAGUUCCUGUCACAGCUGAAGAUCAACGGCCGGCGGGAGAAAGGAGCCCUCGCCGACUGCGUGGACCAGAUGGGAGAGUCUGUCGACGAGCUGAGCAGGACCCUGGCGGCGCUGAAGCACCUCAACAGCGGCGCCGACUUCCGGUGGCAGAUGAGCAAUGCGGAGACGUGGGUCAGCGCCGCCCUGACGAACGAGGACACGUGCCUCGACGGAUUCAAGGAGAUCAGCGGCGGAGUCAGGAAGGACGUCCGCCGGAGAAUCACCGGCGUCGCCAGAGUCACCAGCAACGCUCUCUACCUCAUCAAUUUACUGGACGAGACGCGCGGCUAGAUUCAUAAGUCGUGGUUUUAGUUAAAAACACGUUUUCGGUUUUUUUAUAAUAUAAGCGCUUUUUGUUUUUUUGUUUUUUUUAUAUAUAAAAUGCCAUCUGUAUAUUUACUUAUAAGUCGCGAAAAAUCGCGCUAUGCAAUGUGGUUUGCUUUUAUAUCCGCAAUGUACGUAGCCAGUCAAUAGCGCCGUGUUUGGGUGUGCAUAAUUUUGCUUGUAAUGUAAUUUCUAUUCUACUGAAACACAACUUCCUUUUCUUCUUAAGGUGAGCUAUAUAUAAUAAUCAAUUCCCAAAUAA